UCGUUAAUCGAACUCUUAAUCUAUUUCAAGAAACCAUAAAAAAAGAAAAGGAAAGGAUUUCAUCAACAUGACAAAUCUUUUGUGGGCUAAGAUAAGAUCUAUCUUUUCAAGGGCAGGAAGAUCUCCAAAGGAACGUGGCAACAGCUUAAGCAACAAGCUGAACGUUAAUGAAGAGUACAAGGAAGCUUUCAGGACGAAGUCUUAUGUAGAAAUGUGGAGCAAGGUUCAAGACCAGCUAAGAAAAACGAGCAUUGAUGGAGUUGACAAAGUCGCCUCACCGUCUGAUCCAUCUCUUCCUUUAUAUCUUCACCUCUCUGACUAUCUAUUUGAACCACAACAGCAAGAGACACUCAGAGAGAUGAUGGGAAGCUUAAAGUUUCAUCACCUUCUGGUUGAUUACUUUGAAGCCAGCUCAAAAGCAUGCCAUAUUUGUGAGUUGCAUCUCCAGUGCAUCCAACAAACACGAGGUAAUUAUAAGAAAAUUAGAAGGGUAAUCAAGUUAAGCAAAAGGGUGCAUGAUUCUGCAGACUGUUCAGAUAAGAUUCAGGGCGCUAUGUUUAGAGAGCUGGCUGCUUAUGCAUUGUUAGAAAAUCCGUUAUCGAUGUUUUUUAGCACUGAAAAAUUCCUUGAUUUUCAUGACGACAACGUGGUGUUGCUCCAUGGAUUGACUUCACAAAAGAAAAGGAUUAUGAGGAAAACGAAGUUCAGAAGGAUUUGUAUUAGGGUUGGAGGAGGAUGUCUUGUGAUAUCACAUACUGCACUUCUAAUUGCCUUGCUUGUAAUAGCAAUUCAUAGCAUGGCUGGCAUUGUGGCUGCACCAGGACUAAUGGGUUGCUCGUUGUAUGCAUUCAGAAAGCAAAUCCAGUUGGUUCAUCGAGGGCUUGAGAAAAGCAGGUUUGAAAAAAGACUUGGCGCACAGCUAGAUCUUGCUGCCAAAGGAAUUUACAUAUUGAUCAAUGAUUUCAAUACCGUGAGCAGGCUGACGAGGAGCUUAUUUGAUGAGGUCGAACAUCAGAAAGCUCUUGCUGAUAUGUGUGUUAGGAAUAACAAGCCUGAACUAUUGAAAGAGGUCGUGAAAGAAUUUCACAUUCACGACUCAAGCUACCUGGAGCAGCUAGAAGAGCUUGAGCGACAUAUCUACUUGUGUUUUCAUACCAUAAAUAGAUCCAGAAGGCUUGUUAUGGACGAGAUAAUGGUUGCAUCCAACAACCGUACAGCUGAUGAUGAUCAGCAAAAAUUCCCAUGAAGACGAGGACAAUAUUAGGAUAGAGAUAGUGCCAGCAGGCGAUAUUUGGUGUUACCAAUACAAUACAGGAUCCACAUAGAAAUUGCAUCUCCCCUGGCUCGGCUCACCCGGACUUUUGUUUUCAAAUAACGUCAAAACAUGGCACGUCCAAUGCCAAUUGUUAACCCUGUAUUCAUUAAUACAAUCUCUAUGGAUAACCCAACUUCCAGCA